AUGGUGCUGAGGACGCAGACCGCGGUUGGUGCGCGAGUGUACGAUCUGAGCGCCUUUGGGGGCGGUGUAAGCGUUUUUGAGCGGCAGAGAGAUGCUAAACGGAGGAAAAAACAGCCCUCAAAGCAGCAGCAGCAGCAAAACCACCACCAAGAGGCCCAACAGGAUGUGGUGCUGCUUCAGGAUUUUGAAUUUCCAGUCGCUUCCUCCUGUGUUCGAGUCAGCCCAGAUCUGAACUUUAUUUGCGCUACAGGAGUAUAUCCUCCGCAGCUGCGGAUGUUUGAUGUCAAUGGCUUGGGACUUAAGUUUCAGCGGGGUCUGGACAGCGAAGCCGUCGAUCUCCGUUUCUUGAGUUCGGACUAUUGCAAGCUGGCAAUCUUGCAAAGGAGUCGCUGGAUUGAGCUGCACGCGCAGGGGGGGCGGCAUCACCGGCUUCGCGUUCCCACCGAAGGGACCUCCAUGACGUAUUUGCCGUGGUCCGCAACGCUCUGCUGCAGCAGCAGCAACAGCGCUACGAACAGUGACAGCAGCAGCGUCUAUUUGCUGGACUUGGAGUCUGGAUCUUUCCUAGAGCCGUGGCAAUGCUCUUUCCCCAUUGGCCACUGUUGUUUCCACUCGGAACUGCUCCCCAUCGUUGCCGUCGGGGGGUCCUCGGGGCAGGUUGAAUGCUUUGACGCAAGGAGCGGCAAGGCGGUGACGGUGCUACAGGCCACAGAUCGCUCUGCAUCUGUUACUGCCGGAGCCUUCUCAACGGAGUCUUUGGAGAUGGCGGUGGGAACGAGCCAGGGGAAGUGUCUCCUCUUCGACCUGCGGGCCUCUCGGCCCCUGCUGCAGUUCGAGCACCGCAACUUCGCUGCUGUCAAUACACUGCAGUGGCACAAACCGCCGGCAGCAGCAGCAGCAGUCACUGCCGCCACUGCGACUGCGGCAGCUGCAGACUGCGGCCCGACAGCCCCGCAGCCUUUGCACGUUGCCACAGAAACGGCCGGUGGGGGAAGGAGCAUUGCUAGCUGCGAUGGCGUCUCCAUUAAAGUGUGGUCUGCAAGCACUGAAGGCUGCAGCAGCACUACCUUCCCACGCAGCAGCAGCAGCACCAUCGCCAACGCGAGACUCCUGGCGAGCAUCGAGGCCCCUCUCGUGUGGGAAAAUCCCGUGGCACCCCGAAACGACAAGGAAGAAGAGCAGCAGAAGCAGCGGCAGAAGGAGCAGCUGCAGCAGCGGAUCGUGCGUUUCUCCUCAUUCGCCAUCUAUGGAGACUCUGGUCUUUUGCUGGCCGCAACGGAUCACAAGCAAAUGGGGGCCUUCUUCUUGCCCUCUUUGGGUCUCGCCCCUAAGUGGUGCCCGAUGCUGGAUGGGCUUACGGAGGAGCUAGAGGAGCGGCAGCAGGCGAGUGAGGGCGCAGCCGCUGCUGCAGGGGCUUCCUUCGCGUCUCUGCAGUUCCUCACGGAGCAGCAAAUGCAGCAGCUCAAUGCCCAUCAGCUCAUUGGCACUCCCCUUGUGACGCGCUAUCUCCACGGUUACUUCAUCGCUCGCGAACUCUAUGACCAGCUCAAGGCAGCUGCAGAACCGUUCGCCUUCGAGACGUACAGACAACGGAAGAUCGAGGAGCGCCUCGAAAAGAAAAAGACGAUGCGUAUCCAGGUCAGGAGGAAGCUUCCAAAGACGAAUGCGGAGUUUGCAGAGAAGCUGCAAAGGACUCUGGAGGCAACAAAGGAGGCCUCAAGCAAGCGCGACAAAAAGGAGGCUGCCAUUGCGGCUGGGCUGCUGGAAGACACCCGCUUUAGUCGCCUCUUCUCCAAUCCGGAUUUCCAGUUGGAGGGGGAGACUUCAUAA